GAAAUAAAUUUUGUUUUUGCAAAUAUAGCUUCGUUCAACUAAUCACGACCACCAUUCAAAAAUCCCCAAUUAACUUGUCUUAAAAAAGAAGGAAACAAAAUAAGAUUAGAAAUUAAAUUCAAGGAUAAGGAUUGAUAGGAGAAAGAAAAAAAACAAUUCAAAACGGAGGAGGAAGAGAGCUUAAAAAAACAAAAGAAGACUAACAUUUCUACGUACAAGGGUCGAGGUUUGUUAGUUAGUCGUGGUCGGUCGUCGAAGGAAGAAGUGUUUCUGUCCUUCUUUCUUCGCCGUACGAUCGAUCGCCCGCGUCUAAUAUGGAAGCAUCAUCAAAUCCAACGGCUACAAGUUCUUCUUCCUCCUCCGCCUCCUCAGUUCCUCCUUCGUCUCCAUCACCUUCUCCGGCGGCUACAACGACCACGCCGCCACGUCAGCAUGUUCUCCUUGAGCCACCAUCUUCCAAAAAGAAGAAAAACAGAUCAAACGUCUUCCGAGUCUUACGCACCGUGUUUCGCUCUUUCCCAAUCUUCACAACGCCAGCCGUAGCAUGCAAAAUCCCGGUUAUCCAUCCCGGUUUAGGGUUACCGGACCCGCAUCACAACACGUCAAGAGUCACCGGAACAUUGUUCGGGUACCGCAAAGGUCGCGUAAGUCUCUCGAUUCAAGAAACCCCUAAAUGUCUACCUUCUCUAGUCGUAGAGCUCGCCAUGCUAACCACAACGCUUCAAAAAGAGCUUAGCACUGGAAUGGUGAGAAUCGCUCUCGAGACGGAGAAACCGCCUCGAGUAGAUCAUAAUCACAAUAAUCAUCAUAAUAAUAAAGCAGAAAAGAAGACGGACAUCUUGGAGGAACCCUUGUGGACAAUGUAUUGUAAAGGAGAGAAAACGGGCUACGGUGUGAAACGAGAAGCCAACGAAGAGGAUCUAAACGUGAUGGAAUUGUUACGUCCGGUGUCUAUGGGAGCCGGAGUUUUGCCCGGAAACUCGGAGUUGGAAGGACCCGACGGCGAAAUGGCGUAUAUGAGAGCUUAUUUUGAGAGAGUUAUUGGGUCUAAAGAUUCAGAGACUUUUUAUAUGUUGAGUCCUGAGGGAAAUAAUGGACCGGAGCUUAAUUUUUUCUUUGUGAGGGUUUAAUAAUUUACUAUACUGUAUAUCGUUUAAACUAAAUUAACGUGCAUGUAAAGGCCGGAGACGGUAGAUGACGUUAUAUACAUAUUGUUUAGGAUGAUUAAUGAUAUUUUUUGUCCUUCUUCUUCUUCGUUUAUUUAAUUAUUCUAGUCUUAUUUGGCUAGUUGUGAAAUGAUAUAUUAGAGACCACACAUCAAUCUUGGUCUACAUUAAUCUACAUCUUGGCGCCUGGACUUGGUUUAUUUUUUUGACGUGUUGGUCUUGAAUUACUGCCUCCUACGUCAAUUUUGAUCUCUCCAAUCAUCCUUUGAUCCCAAGCCCUUUCUC